AGGCCUCGCUCAAAGAGCCACUCAAGUCAUUGAGGCGACCUGUGAUCGAGUUCCUCUUGUGUUGGUGUCCAUAGAACAGUAGUAGAGUGAGAGCUAGCGCGGGUUCAAUAUGGGUUCCAGGAUGGCACUCCUGUGCCUUCUUGGACUGCUGGUAGCAUCACCUGCCAUUGCUGCCUCCGGCAUCUACUACCAGCUCGCUCUUAUGUGGCCCGGAGCGUACUGCGAGCAGACCAGCGCCGGGUGCUGCAAGCCGACGACCGGCGUCUCGCCGGCGCGCGACUUCUACGUCUCCGGCUUCACCGUCUACAACGCGACAACCGACGCUCCGGUCACCGGCUGCAACAACGCUGCUCCUUUCGACCCUAACGAGAUUAUCGGCAUCCAGGGCCUGCAGCAGUACUGGAGCAGCAUCAGGUGCCCCAGCAACAACGGCAAGAGCAACUGGAAGAACGCCUGGAAGAAGUUCGGCGCCUGCUCCGGCCUCGAGGAGAAGGACUACUUCGAGACCGCCCUCGCCUUCCGCAGCCGGAUCAACCCGCUCGUCCGCCUCAAGGCCAAAGGCAUCGAGCCGGACUUCGGGCUGUACGGCGUGAAGGCGAUCAAGAAGGUGUUCCAGGCGGGCAUCGCCGCGACGCCGGUGAUCCAGUGCAGCAAGGGCCCCUUCGACAAGUACCAGCUGUACCAGCUCUACUUCUGCGCGGCGGAGGACGGCAAGUUCAUCGACUGCCCGGCGCCGCCGCAGUACACCUGCUCCAAGGAGAUCCUCUUCCACCCCUUCAAGAAGUGGAUGCUCAAGCAGCUCCAGAACGAGGGCGCCGACCCCUUCGUGCUGCCCGGCGUCGCCAUGGAAAUAUAACUGAUCGGUCGGCUCGCUGCGCGCGUACGUACUCCGGUAGAUCCACCCGUCCAGUUCGUGUCUCGUGAGUUCGCGCGCUUCGGUCACGCGCGCGCGCGUGGAAUAAUGGUCCUGCUUUGUUGGAUUGCUCUCCUCUGAUGAGCAAAAGCACCGUGUAGUAAUGCUCGACGGAUAAGCUAGCUAGUGUGGCUAGCUUCGCCUUCGUGUAUCGAAAUAAAUAAACCAUGAGACGUACUCGGGUCAUCCUUUCAUCAA